AUGAAGUUCUUUGCCAUCAUCUUUUUGCUGAUUUGCACAUGCUCCAGCAUUCAAUGCGCUUCUACGACAGGAUUGCAGCAUACGAAAGGUACUCUUGAAUAUCAUACGUGGAAGUUAGCGAGCGCUCAACAGAAUUUCGAAAGAGCGACAGGCGAACACAGAGCAGCGAAAGCCAAACCAGUACAGCCUGGUCAUGAGGAAGCACACUCACAUGAGGUGAUGAGCAAGAAAACUGUCACACAAUUGUAUCGAGGUAAAAUUAAGAAAAAUCAAAAUAAUGUUAACGAUCUUGAACGAAACCUAAAGCUUCCGGGACCCAAAACUACAAAGUACAUUGUUGACAAGGAUAAUGCAAGAGCAGAAAGAGCGCAAGCUCGCGAAAAUCCAUCUCCUACCAAAAAUCGACCAAGCAGCUCCAGCAAAACGGCAGAGAAGCAGAUGACGAAAGGUAACUAUCAGUACCACUAUACCAAGUUCAAAGCAAACGAUGGAAAAAGGAAGAGUAUCUUAGCUGAACAUGCAGAGAUGAAGAAGAAAGGAGUACCUUCUGGUAUGGAUGCGGAACAACACCAAAAUUCUCUUUUUCAAAAGCAGAAGAUGGCUACAUACCAUGAGAAAGAAGGCAAUAAAAACUUAUCUAGUAUGUAUGACCUCGAAAACAAUCUAAAAGUUCCUGGACCAAAAGAUUUGAAAUAUAUCGAAGUAAAAGAACAAGCAAAAAAUCCAGAAUUAGCCCGCAAGAAAUACAACGAGAUUUAUUGA